UCCAUCAACUCUUACCUACAAAAACAAGCAGACCGACCCUCCCUCAAAGAGCACUGUUGCUCAAGCCCUGUUGAGAGGCUUCUGUAAAGCCACCAUGAGUCCAAGAUUUCUCAUUGUCUUUGUAGCUCUUGGUACCAAGUUCUUCUACGUUGAAGCUCUUCCAAAACCCAUCUCUAAUAUCACUGUGAUAGGUGCAGUCUUCUGUGAUGUGUGCUCAAACAACACCUUCUCCAAGCACAGCUACUUCAUUAAAGGUGCUGAAGUGCUGAUACAGUGCAAGUUCAGAGCAAAUUCCAUGUCGACAGAAGAGAUAUCGAUCAUGGCUGAGAGAACUACCGAUAGAUUUGGAGUUUAUAAGCUCGACAUUCCCCCUGUUGAUGGAUUAGAAUGCAGAGAAGGCCGAGAGGUGAAGUCCUCAUGCCGAGCCAGCCUGAUCAAGAGUUCAUCCUCUGUCUGCGGUGUCCCUGGCUUGAGGAGAUCAACUGAGCAUGUAGCAAUCAAAUCCAGAGAUGCAGAUAUCUGUUUCUUUAACUUGAAUGCGCUGAACUUCAGGCCUGCAAAUAUGGACACUUUAAUGUGUAGGACUGACAAGGAACCAAUGUCUCGUGCUCUGAACUCCUCGUUAUUCUUUUGGCCAAGUUGGCCACUAUUUGGACUCCCUUGGCCAAUUUACCACCUCUUCCUUUUCCCUUCCCUCCCAUAACAUUUCCAAGCCCCUCAUCCUUCCCUUUCUCACUACCUUCCUGGCUUCUUCCAUUCCUAAAGCCACCAUAUUUUCCUCUCCCCUUCCCAUUUCCACCCAUCCCCUUUUGGACACCAAUACCAUCUCCCCCUCCAUCUCUUCCUUCCCCAUUUCCACCUCUGCCUCCUUCUACCACAGCCCAAGUCAUGUCAUCACAACCUUAGCCUCUCCUUUUCUCAGGAGGCCAAGAUCUUAGGUAUGGUGCAUCUCCCCGCCAUUCCUAGUUAUCACCAGAGCCCCAGUCAGCUACUGCAGCUUCUGUACUAAUUUCUUCUGACCUUGUCAUUUCUAGUGCAGCUGAUCAGAAUUCAGAAUAAGAACAUUGCAUCCGAUUGCAUUAUCUAUCACUACUAUGAACAUCUGUCCUUAGUAUAAAAAGGAUAUUUAUUGUUGCUAUUAUCUAUGGAAAUUCAUGGAAACAAAUAACAGCAUGGAAGGUCUUCAAAAAAA